UUGUCGAAGCUGGACGCUUUUGCAGGAGCAGAAGCCAACUUAAGAACUACAGAACGCUUGUUCAGCUCAGCCUAGUCCAGGAUAAUUGUGUACUUUUUUUUGGCUGCUGUAGCUUUUGUCCAGUGAGCUCAAGACGACACCCCUAGAGCAUAUAGAAAGCGCGAUCGAGGGGUCUAUGGAUAGUGCGUGUACGUGCGUGAGAGAUUCUGAUCAGUGUUCAAAGCUGCGCGCCGGCGAUCGUAGUAGUCCAAACUACAAAUGCUGCUUAGAGUGCGUUUAGUAGCUUCAGUGCAACGCUUGACGAGCGUCUUUCCGAUUGUUAUUGCUAAGAGAGGAGGACUUGGAUACUUCAAGUGCUAAGUUAGUUUUUUUUUGUUCAAGUGCAAAAUUGUCGGACCGAAACGAAUUAACUUGAUCUCAAGCGAGCGGCGAGUGUGGUGGAGUAAAGGAACGCCAACGACGAACGAUCCAAGAGAAACCACAAGGAAAUAAACCGCUCUCCGCGAACGAAGUGACUUGUUGUUGGUAUUUCCAACAAGAGUUCCAUCCAGAAGAAGACUCUGAAGUUCUGUACGGCAAAGAAGCGCCUGUGUAGACGGAUACUCGAACGAUUAUCUCGGACUUGGUUCACUAACUUCGUUACCGAGAAAAAAACAACACACAAGGGGAAAAGUGCAAGUCUAGCAAGCAAAACACGCGAACUGCGCUGCAUACCAAAGAUAAAAGUGGCGAUUCUGGAAGAAUCAGCUGAACUAAUGUGAGAGCAAAAAACGUUAGUGUUAGUAGAGUUAGAGAUCCCUAUUUAUUUCAACAUAUUAGUAAUUACUGAUUUCGAUCGAUUGCUUACAAAACAAUCACUUAACCGUACUUGUUUAAGUUUUAUCGUCUAAGAAAGCACACAACAAAAAAAAGGCAUCCAAAAACAUAACAAUUCAAAACAACAAAAAUCAAACAAGCUACAAGUAUUUCAUUAGCUACUUAAGAGUGCACUGCAAUACAAUUAUCACAAAAACGUAACUUAAAGUAACGAAAAUACAAAUCAAACGCAUUUCCCAAAUUAAUUAAUCAUCGCUUAAAGUAUUUCAAACGGUUAAUGAUAAGCUUCGAUUAAAUCGACUUUCGAAUAAAAGUGAGUGUUAGUUUAGAAAAAAUCAAACAAAGAAACAAAACACCAAGAACUUACAACCAACAUUCAAGAAGUGUGAUCUUGCGACUGGACACGGAAUCAUUUCCAAAAAUCCAGCAGAUCAACAACACCCCAAAAGCAAUUUCGAUACGCUUUAAACGAAAGAUUUGUUCUCAUCCCACGUCUAUUCACACACCGUCAAAUAAGAAGUAUUUCAAGACUGAGACCUAGAGGUCUACCGGAUUUUCCAGUUACAAGAAAAGAAUCCCAGCAACAACACAUAACAAAAAAACAAACGCCGAUAAACAACCGCAACAAGAGAUAUUCAUCAACGUACUUUUAAGCUACCAGUUUAACGAUACUCUCCAUCGAGCAAUAUAUCUAUAUAUUUUAUAGUUACGUCUAAGUUAAUUAAGCGCACCGCAAUCGUACUUACGCAAAACUGCAAUCACCCUUCCGCAACUGUAGACAUACGUACAGGCUGUCAACUUAACCAAAGCUAAAACGAGAGGAGAUCGAGAGGAAUAAACACGAGUAGAAUUAAGAGCCCAAUCCAUCAACAACAGCAACCAACACCAACAUGUUACCAAGCAACCAGCACCAGCAUCCCAGCUCCCAGCAGCAGCCCUCGUCGGCCGGAUCUCAGCAACAGGACCAGCAACAACAUCUGCUCAACACGGUAGGCAUGAGUGCCGCCUACACACCGACCAGCUACAGCUACCCUUUGGUGUCCGGGCAUCAUCUCAACGAAAACAACAACCUGGUAAUGCACCCAUCCUACGGCAAACCGGCAGCCCACGUGGCCCACCAACUCCCGCCGGCAUCGCUCAUCACCCUGCAGCCGGUCCCGCUGGAUGCGCACGGUCACGGCGGCCACGGUGGCGGACAUCAUGGGCUGGUCGGGCAACCGCCCACGCACACCGUCACCUCCCUGAGCCAUCCGCCGCCGCCGCCCUCCUCGAUGUCCCAGCCGCCACCCGGAGUCGUUUCCAAUCUGGCAAUACAGGUCCACGCGCAGCAGCAACACGGCGUCUCCAUGCAGGAUCACGCCUCCAGCAUGAUGAGCCACUCGUCUUCUCUGAACGAUUCCAACGGCAGUGGUAUGUAUUGUUGUUGUUGUUAUUGGAUUGGAUUGAAAUCCACGAGAUCCAGGAGAGGUCCAGGAGGAGUCCUCCGUACGUAAGUGCAAGCGAACCAGGUUCCCCCAGUUUCGUUACAGCUAACUACUAAUCCCCGAUGACGACACCGCCCCUGAACAGUAACAGCAGCAGCAUCGACACUAAUCGUGCUUAUCGAAACGAUCCGAUUCGGGUUUAUGGUUGUCGAACGAGGUACGUUCGGAUUAGAACUGUCGCAAGAGGAUUAGAGCGCUUCUUUGGGUCUCAGUCCAUGUGCAGAGAUUGAUCCCG